GUGAGUCGAGGCGUGACGAUUCUUUCGGUGGAUGGCCGACGGGCGCCAUCUCAACUGGUGGUGGACCUCUUCGAACGACAACGAGCUGCAGGUAGAGAAGGACAAGCAGUGCGCUUUGUUGUGAGAAUGGCACCAUUGGAUGUGGUUUGCUCGCCUCAUUUGAAGAACUUUCAGGCAGCAGCCGCGGCGGAACUGCCAAAGUUGCUGAAAGACGCCAGAGAAGGUGCUGGAUGGUAUUGCUCCUUUCACAGUCGUGCUAUGAGCACCAUCAAACGUGAAGAUGUCAUGGCCGCCUUGAAGGAUAUCAUGAAGCCUCUGAAACUGGAUCUGUCAGUAUCGGAUGCGGAAUACAUGGUGGUAAUUGAGGUGAACCCGGUGCUUUGUGGUUUUGCCGUUCUACGCGAUUACGAAGGUGGACUCUACGAGUGUCACCUUCAGAAAGCCUCGGAGGAAUUUGAGAACUGCGCGACAGUGUCGGAGAGUGACCAGGAAGAAUCUGCGGAGAACACAUCCCCACGAGAAGACGCUCAUUCUGAGACAGGGCCUGAGGGAUAGAGGAGAAAAACGGU